AUGAAGAAAGACUGCUACAAGAAUCUUGGAUUUAAGAGACUUAAUGUGUUUUCAAUGGUCCCUGCCUUGUUUGGCAAGAAGACACGAGAGACAAUAUCUGAGACCAAGAAAAACAAGGUGGAUGGGAACUUUGCAGGUGAUGGAUGGCAGAAUGGCGGAGCACUUGUUGUGAACAUGGAUGGAAAAGCUCUGCUGUCUUUCAAACAAGAGACCCCAGGUGAGCACGUAGAUCCAAAUGAUGUCCUGAGAGCUUUACGCAUAGAGGGCCAUGUGGAUGUUCAUGCGUCCACUGACACUCCAUCAUGUGAUGAGGGUGCCUGUGCACUGCCAAAGAAAAAAGAAGUAAAGAACACUAAGGAAUAG